AUGGAUUCUACUUUCACCACAGAGAAGUUCAGAGUGUUUCAACUAUAUGUCGAGAUACGCCAUUUGGAAGAGGUUUUCAGUUUGGGUGGAGAUGCUAUAUUCCUAGGAUUCAAUUCUGCAGUAUCCGUCUCAAGGGCAGUGGCAGAAGGAAGUGGAUUCCAAGCUAAUUGUAUCUAUUUCACGGAUGAUGUUUUCAGUGAAAUUUCAGACGAAGUAGUUGGGAAUGGCGGCUUUGGAAUGUAUAACGUUGAAGACGGAAGUAUUGAUAGAUUCAGCGACAAUGAAUACCGAUCCAUUCUUAGUUGCAUCAAGCAGCCAAGGGAACCAAACAUUGGAUUGUUGAAUGCUUUUACGACAAGGAGUAUCAAUCAGUUCUUUUUUAGCUGUUGUUAG